AUGAACGGGGUGCGACGAUUCCUCGCCGGCGGCACAGCCAGUACCCCUACCUCUCAGCAGUUCCCUCUGCCACCAGACAGUCCCGCUGCGUCUCCAUUACCACCGCCACCCGCUACUGCACCUCUCUUCUUCCCAGGAAAACCCUCUUGGCCCUCUUCACCAAUUCAGAGCCCUCCAGAUUCUCCAGCGGUGAGCCCUAAGACUACAACCGCUGCCCUAUUCUUCCGGAAGGAGAAACAGAAACCGCCCCGUGGCUCCACAGGUUCCACUUACAGAGCGGAGGAUGAUGCUGGGAAUUCCUCUUACCGAUCCUCGCAAUCUCCGCGCAGUUCAAUUGGCAUCGUCUCUCCUAGUCGUAGUCAGGCUUCGUCGUCUCCCAUUGCAGGUCCCUCGUCACCUCGGGCCUUACCUCAGCGUGUCUCCGAGCUAUCGAGGAAACUCCCAGAGAGGAUAGAGGUGGACGUUAAACGUGCUUCCGAAUCAUUUUCAACACGCGAUGAUUUACUCGUUAGUCUGUUGGCCAGCGAGGCCAUCGUGGACAGUCGAGCGUGUGAGAUUCUCAGCGCGGAAGAGGUGGAGGAGCUGAAGAAGGAGCAUCAAGUGCUCGCAUCACGGCUCGUCGCGAUAACCAAAAAGCUGUCUCUUGAGACCAAGAUCCGUGAUGCGGCGGCCUCGCUCUCAAAGGCGAAUGCAUCGUACAAGAACGUGUCCAAGCAAACCUCUGAGCAGUUCGAAGCUGCCAAUCGCAAGGUGGAACUCGCGCAAAAAGAAUUAUGGCGAGUUUCUGAACGCGCUAAUGAGAUUCAACGAAGGCUACUGGAGCACCGUGCCGGUGUUUUGAGCUACUCCGUCCGAAGCUUGGAGCAGAAGGCCAAUCCGCAUGCCCAAGAUGGCUCCAACGGCGAUUCGAGCACGUCGGGCUAUAACACGCCUAACAGGAGCUCGCAGAUGAGCGCGCCCCCAUCAUCCAUCACGAGCAUACAGACCACGUCGUCAACAGGGCGGUUUGACGGCGCGCAUUUCUUCGCUGGCCAUUCGGAUGCGGUGGUUCCACAAGUCCCGAAGUUACCUUUGUCGCCUACGGAUGUGUCUGCUCUAGAAGAAAAACUAAAAGCUGCGACGAACGCGCUUGAGGCAGCUACUUCGAGGCAAGCGGAAACGUCUCGAGAGUUGGCCAUGUCACAACUGGAGAAGGAGCAGAUCGAGACGUCGCUCGGGAUGGAUCUCCAGGCCGCUGAGGAUACGAUCGCUGCACUAGAGCGGGAGAUAUCAAAGGUGGAGGAUAUGGAGGCACAACUCCACGAACUGGAGGCAGAGAAAGAGGGAUGGAUGCAGGAGAGGGUGGAGCUGGAAGAGCGGCGGAGAGAGGUGGACACCCUUGAGAGGCGGCUGGAAGUAUUGGAAGAGCGGAGCGGGGAGACAAACGAAAUCAAGAACUUACUUGCUAGGGAGAGGGAACAGAGUAAGGUGCUCUUGGAGGAGAAGGAGAGGGAGAUUGAAGAGAUGAAGUUGAUGUGGGACGCGGAUCGAGAUGCAUGGCUGUUGGAGAAGGGGGCGCUGCAGGAUGAUGCAGAAUCCAAGACACAACUCACGGAGUGCUCGGGCGCCUUGCGAGACUUGAUGUCCACUUAUGAGAUCCCGCUAUCCUCGCGAGACGGUUCUCAUCUAGGCCUGGUGUUGUCAAUACGGAAACAUAUGGACGACCAACGGAUCAAGUUGAACAUGACUACUCAAGUCCAACAGGAAUGGUCAUCCAUCCGAGCUAAACUUGAGGACGACAUACGUGUGAGCCUGGACAAGCACCAAGCACUUUCUGUUGAGCUCGAGGAGACAUUCCGAGCUAGGGAGGAGGUGACAAUUCAACUCGGGGAGCUAGAAGCUCAGCUCGUGGACACACAACGAGCCAGGGAAGAAGCGAUGAUUGAAGUCGCAGAGCUAGAAGCUCAACUCGAACAGACACGACGAGCCGGGGAAGAGGCAAGGAUUCAAGUCAGAGAGCUGGAAGCUCAGCUCAAGGAGCAAGCCCUCGUUCAGAUCACAGCUGCGAGUAUGCAAACGUCGGCGCAACCCCAAACCGUAGUGGAAUACAAGGCUGAUGCGAGCGCGAUUGUUGAAAUGUUGCGGCCCCUCUGGGCUGUUCUUCCUUCAGCUGAAGCCCGUGCCAGCCGUCUUGGGUCACGAAAUUUCAGACCCGCUUCUCCCAGUAGCAGUCCGAUUGCAGGCCGGAGUCAGCAGUCGCUCUCUGAGAUGGACGUCCGUUCGCUGAAGACAUUGUAUGACCCCAAGAGCGCGCCGCUAGGGACCGUCGGAGGCAAUUUCACUGUUGAAGGCUUUGUGGGGAGGGUGCAGGCACUCGUUACAGACGACCGAGCCCUCAUUGAGCGACUUUUGCGGUUCGCACAGGCUCAUGAUCUGUUGAAGAAGAACGCGGAAAGGGCGCAGAAGCUGGCGCAGGACAGCAAUGCCGCUUUGGAGACGUACCAUAAGCAAGUUAAAACGCUCGAGGACCGUAAUAUGGCAUUGCUAUCGAGGCAUUCGGCUCUGCAAGACGAGGUAGACUACCUGCAGGACUCCGUCGACCGCAUCAUGGCUGAAAAGCUGGAGAUCGAGACUCAGGCCGAGGAACAGGCGGAGACUUGCCGCCAGCUCACCGAUGCCAAUAACACCCUCAGUGCUCGUGCUCUCAAUCUAGCGUCAGAAGCAGCAUCCGCAUCGGAUUCAGUGCGCAAGCAGAUGGAGUCCCAGCUCGCGGAAACCAAUGCAUCACUUGCGGAGGCGAAGGAGGAGAUCGAGGCUAUGCAUCGCUCACAGCAGACACAACAGAUGGCCCUGAUGGAGGAGCUCAACUCGAUGCAAACCGAGAACGCUAACCUGCGUGCUCAGUUGCGGAAAAAGUGA